CUCCGCUCUGUAUCACCUGACUACAGAAGAUCUCUGAUUUCUCAUCUAACUCCAGGAGAAGGUGUGAAGAUGGCCCUUCGGCGCAUGUUAGCGUCAACCCCAUCUCAAUCUCCUUCUCUAUCGAAUCUCCUCCUCAAAUCCCUCUCCGUCCAUCACCCAUCGUCUCUCCAUCGUCGUCCCUUCUCAUCCCAUGCCGAAGAUGACAAGACGAUCCUGACCAUCGAAACCAGCAUCCCUUUCACUGGCCACAAAUGCGAUCCCCCAUCGCGGUCCGUCGAAACCACGCCCAAGGAGCUCCUCUCCUUCUUCAAGGACAUGGCCCUGAUGCGCCGGAUGGAGAUUGCUGCCGACUCCCUCUACAAGGCCAAGCUCAUCCGCGGCUUCUGCCAUCUAUACGACGGCCAGGAAGCUGUUGCUGUCGGUAUGGAGGCCGCCAUCACCAAGAAGGACUGUAUCAUCACUGCAUAUCGCGACCACUGCAUCUUCCUGGGUCGUGGCGGGACCCUCGUUGAGGCCUUCUCCGAGCUGAUGGGCCGCAGGGACGGGUGCUCCAAAGGGAAGGGCGGAUCCAUGCAUUUCUACAAGAAGGACAACGGGUUUUACGGCGGGCACGGGAUCGUGGGCGCGCAGGUCCCACUCGGGUGCGGCCUUGCCUUCGCCCAGAAGUAUUCCAAAGAAAAUAAGGUCACGUUCACUCUCUACGGUGAUGGGGCCGCUAAUCAGGGGCAGCUUUUCGAAGCCCUUAAUAUCUCUGCACUUUGGGAUCUGCCUGCUAUUCUCGUCUGUGAGAACAAUCACUAUGGAAUGGGAACGGCAGAAUGGAGAGCAGCCAAGAGUCCAUCUUAUUACAAGCGUGGUGAUUAUGUUCCUGGUUUGAGGGUAGAUGGAAUGGAUGCUCUUGCUGUGAAGCAAGCAUGUAAAUUUGCUAAGGAGCAUGCUUUAAAAAAUGGACCUAUUAUUCUUGAAAUGGACACCUACAGGUACCAUGGGCACUCCAUGUCGGAUCCUGGGAGCACCUACCGCACACGUGAUGAGAUAUCUGGCGUCAGGCAGGAGCGAGAUCCGGUUGAAAGAAUAAGAAAGUUGGUAUUGUCUCAUGAUCUAGCCACUGCAGAAGAGCUCAAGGAUCUUGAGAAAAGUAUCAGAAAACAAGUAGAUGACGCCAUUGCACAAGCCAAGGAGAGCCCCAUGCCCGAUCCUUCUGAGCUUUUCAACCAUGUUUAUGUAAAAGGCUAUGGAGUGGAGGCAUUCGGGGCCGAUCGGAAAGAGCUGAGAGCUGUUCUUCCUUGAGGAAAUUCAAUAUAACCAGUGUCAUUGAAAUAAUGGGGGUGGAAGUUUGGAUGUUGCUGGUGGCUCCUUCCCUUUCCCCAGGUAGUCCUGCCUCUGUAUAGGAAAUCAUUACAAUAAUUCUUUUCCCGAGGAGUUGGGCAGGUUUGUUCCUUUAUUUGGAUUGGAUGAUAAUGGUGAUGGGGUUUUACUGUUUUGCUGAUUCAGAUGAAUUCCGUAUGCGCUGUAUUUUCUUCUUCUGACUGGGGACAUUACAUUAACCUACCCCAGUUACGUUUUUGUUCGUCUUUUGAAACACAUUUUUCUUGGUAUUUACCUCAAUGACAUCCUUUUGCUUUA